AUGGGCACCUCCAUAUCGUAUGCAGGAGCGAAGCCCCUUUUGUUUGCCACCCCCGACGACAGUGAUGGGCUUUUAAAGGACUUCAACCUUUCCUCCCCUACCGCGGCUGUCAUCGGCGCCGGCAUCGCGGGGGUGCACGUCGCGUACGAGCUCGCGCAACUCGGGUUUGACGUCACCGUCUUUGAGCAGGGCACCACCGUCGCGUCAGGCGGCGGGACGCGUUUCGCCCUCCCGUUCACCGGUGUCGGCCUGCUGGAGCCCUCGCUGGCGCGGAUGAGGCUGCUUGAUGAACUCCUAAAAGGAGGGCUCUCGUCAGCCUGUCCGGACAUCCUCAGCCGGGACCACUGGCUCCACACCGUCUUCCAGCCCGCGCUCUACACGUGGCUCGCGGCUCGGCGCCGGAGCAGGGCCUCAGGGGAGGAGGUAAUGCGCUGCACCGAUAACCUCUCCCGCCUGAGCGUGGCCGUCGUGUUGGAGCUCGCGAGGCGACACCCCACGCUGCGCGAACACCUCCUCUGCGAGAACGUCCCCGUCCACAAGGUGGUCCGCGAGACGACCGACGGCGAUACGCGACGGGAGGUCUUUCGCGUUGUUCCCGCCAAGACCGCACAUUCCUCACCCGUUAUGGUGGACCCCGUUGGCUGGACCCGAGCCCUCGCCAGGGUUUGCGCAGAGAAAUACCGUGUGAAGUUUGCCCUCUCAGAGCGCUGGGAAAGCGCCAACACGUAUCUUAAGUACAAUGUGGAGGUCACUCGAAGCAUCCGAACCUCUGUGGAGGCUCCUGCGAACGCGACUCAGUCACGAGACUUUCGUGAGCACAUGUUCGAUGUCGUCGUGCUCGCCACAGGCGCUCAGACAGGAGUGAUGACAACUCAAUCCUCCCGGUUCCCAAUCUUGCCCCUUUCUGGAUGUGCUGUUUCCCUCUCAAGUCUCAAAGGGCCUCUCUCGACUGCGAUUAAACAGUUGUUUCCGGUGAAUAAAGCCGCGUGCUCCUCUUCUUUAACGCAACUUUCCGGUCCCUGUAGUCUUUACGCUUACUGCCUCGCGCAUUCAGGGAGGGAUAACCACGGCGAUGCCUCUGCAAAGGCAUCCCCUGAAAGUAGUGCGCUUAGCAAAGACCCUCGUGAGUCGGAACACGAGAACGGGAACACCGUGUCUAGUGGGAGCGAACAAUACUACCUUACUGGGCUUCUUUCCUUUAACAACAUUUUCCAAAAACAUCGCCCUACCGCCGUUUUCACAGUCCUGUCGAGGCUUGAAGCGUACCUACGCGUCAAAUGCAGCAUGGAAGUCCCAUUGCUUGAUGCCCGAGACAACACCGUAGAUGAAGGCAUCAAGCACGCUGAAACAGAUGAUAGCUCUCGUGAGCAGUGUGUUAAGGUCGAAGAAUAUACUCGCGGCUUCACUCCAGACGGGGUACCGCUCGUGGAUCACAAUGGCGGUGCAUUUAACAUGUUUGUCUGCUCCGGCUUUGGUGAUCAUGCGAUGGACUUUGCCCCAGGGGCAGCGAAGAUUCUCAGUAAUCUAAUUCAAACCCAAGCAGAGGAACUCGUGGAGGAGGAUAAUGAACUGCUCAAACUUCGUAGAUCGGUUGAUGGUGGCUUGCCACACUCGCGGCGUCCACAGCUCGAAAAAGAGAUGCAGCUCCUACUGAACGGCAUUCUGCCAAGCAAAAGUCACGAGGGAUGGCGAUCUUUGCUAAAUCCCUUGAAUUGGUGGCGCAGGAGGCGGACGCCAGCUCCCGGAGACGUGUGUGAGGAGGGACUUAUCCAUUUUAACAGCAACCCCUUCUCUACUGAUCGCUAUGCCAGACUCAUUAAGAAAGAAUUUCAGAAUAAAACUCACUUUCCGCCAGCGGCAUACGUCAAUGCGAUUGAAGAAAAGUUCAUACGGAAAACAGAACCUACACUUGAAUAUCUCACGAAGUGGGCCAUUGAUUUGGCGCGGGAGGAAACCACACCCGAUUUUAUCCGAACAAUAAUAUUCCACUUCUUUUACGACUAUGAGCUCGAUACAGUCGGGCAGCAGGUCUUACCAAAGCUAGAAGAAGCACGCUUGCAGUUGAUGCAAGAAAAGGAGUCGGAGAGGACGCACAGUAUGGAAAUGAUUGAGCAGAGUAAAGCAAAGAACCUGGAGAUAGAGCGCCGCGCGCGGGGACCGCUCACGAAGUCUACGCAGUUCAUGACUGGAAGCCAAUGA